GUAUCCUGUUCGACCAGUAUCAUAUUUUUGCUAGAAAGAACCAGUCGAUAUUAUGGCAACGAUUUUGCAAAAAGUUUCACAAGGCUGUGUAAGGUGCACAUCAAGGCAAUGGACAGCUGUUAGAGGAGGGAAAAAAUGGAAUGUCCAAAGACCAAAACCUAGAGUAUGGAAAGCUAGGGUACUUGAGAGUAUUACAAGACCUAUUUAUAUAGAGGAAAUUGUGCCAGUAUCUCAAUCAUGUGAAAAAUUGGAGAUUAUAACACAAGAAACAGAGGUAGAUGAAUAUGAAGAAUUUAUGUACAAACAAGUGAAGAAGAUGUUUGACGAGAAUACAAUGAUUCUAGUAUGUCAAAUGCUGAGUAUGCCUACAAUUGACAAAAGAAAAGCUAUCAACACCAUGAAAGAUAACGGAAUGAGACUGUGGUUCUAUAACAAUAGAUUAAUAAGACGAGCCAUAACAGAAUAUUCCCAGUAUAAAAACAUGGCACCAUGGAUUAUAGGGUCCAAUGUUUAUGUUGUAUGUCCAGAGCCCAAGGUUAAGGAAGCUUUAAAAAUACUGAAGAAAAUUCCUGACUUUAUUGUUCUAGGGGGAUUGGUAGAAAACAGUCUAUAUUCCAAAGAUGGAUUAAAUCAGUAUUCACAAUUACCUAACAUUGAACAAUUACGUGGUGAACUUGUCAGUGUAUUAAAUAUGGCCUCUGGAGGAAAGACUCAUUCUCUAUUAGAAUCACAUCAACAGACACUGUGUAGAAAUCUGGCUCAGUAUGUCAAACAGGAAUCAGGUGGAGAGGAACAAUCAUGAUACAGAAUUAAUAAUCAAAAUAAAUAAAAAUAUUUCAUGUU